AUGGCUCAUUCGGCGCAACGAGGCAAAAUUCUCGCAGUUAUCGGUGAUGAAGAUACGGUUGUCGGAUUUCUUUUAGGUGGAAUCGGUGAAUUGGACAAAUCACGCAGGCCAAAUUAUUUAAUUGUUGGAAAGGAUACGCCAGCUGGUGAAAUAGAAGAAACGUUUAAAUCAUUUUGCUCUCGUGAUGACGUCGCAAUUAUAUUAAUAAAUCAGCAUAUAGCUGAAAUGAUUCGUUAUACCGUUGAUCAACAUACAGCAAGUGUUCCAGCGGUUUUGGAAAUACCUUCAAAGGAAUCACCUUAUGAUCCCUCCAAGGAUAGUAUAAUGAAUCGUGCAAAAGGAUUGUUCAAUCCAGAAGAUUUCCGAUAA